CGCUUAUCGUCACUUAAUUCAGAAUCACAAUAAAACAUUUAAAAUAGAUUUAUCGUAAAUUGCAAAAUAAUUGAUUAGAUUUAAAAUACUGUGGAAACUUCCAUUAGUACAUAGAACUUAAGCAAAUACAAAUAAACUCUCUUGAUUAAAGUGAAGAAAUACGUGUCGGAAAGGGUUAAUCAGAAGUCUAUAGUCCAAGUUUGAUCUCUUGUGUGACCUUUCCAGAAUUUAGCAAUAGUUUUAUCUUGCAAAAAGUUUAGUAUAAAAGAUCAACAAAAACAGUAGCAGCAGGAAGAGUAGAGAGAGUAGAACCGAGUCAUUUUGAGGUUCACCAACUUCCAAUAUGAACAUCAGUAUGGAUAUUGUCAGAGAUUCAAAGAAUGAUACUAUAAGCAGUCAAGGAAAUUGUGUUUAUAACGGCACGUCGUUUUCUGUGGGGGAUGAACUCCCCACGAGGGGUCUCUGCCUCAUUUGCCACUGCUUUGAUGGUUUCCGGGAACCCAACGCUUUCAGCUGCAACGUUAUUGACUGUCCGUGGGAGGACUACCAUAGGAGGUUUCCAGGAUGUACUCCCAUUUAUGCUGACAGAGAUUGCUGUCCUAUAGGAUGGGAAUGUGAUUAUGGUACAGGUCAAAGCCAAGAACUAAUAAAAGUGGGAUGUGACUGUGAGUGGCGAUAUCUUAAACACUAUGAAGCAAAGGGAUGCCGUCCCGUCUAUGAGGAGAGACCGAGACAAAAGUGCACUUGCCCUUGGAGAUUCGACUGCUCUCAAACAAAUGAGGUGGAAGUCGACGAUAAAGUGUGCAUGUACAAAAAGAACAUCUACCCCGUUGGUUCCCGCAUACCAACCUCCAAUGCUUGUGAGACUUGUACUUGUGGUCGAGACUACUUCACACAAGCUGCUACCAUUCAGUGCACGACACUAGAAUGCCCUGCUGUAUAUUCUCAAACGCCACUGCCACAGGGGUGUCACUAUGUAUAUAAAGAGAACCAGUGCUGUCCCACAAGUGUCGAAUGUCCUGCUGCGGAACAGCAACAAAAUAUUUACAAAGUCCCUUCGUGUGAGUAUCGAGGUAAGAUGUAUUACGAUGGUGAGCAAAUCUUUCCCGAAGAAGAUCCCUGCCUCAUCUGUCUUUGUGACGAUAAAUGGAAAGGUGUGGGUGGAAACAGCAGUUGUCGGCAGCACGACUGCAUGCUGGAGAGAGACUCGAGGAAAUUGAAGCAAGGAUGCAUACCUAUCUACCACGAAAAGACCUGCUGUCCCAUAGACUAUCACUGCUCAGACGGAGAUGAAGAUUUUAAAUCCAUGAAAGUUCCCAGUUUCAAAUUGGAUGAUGAUGAAGAUGAGAUGUGCUACUUCGAGAACCGCUACUACCCGAUUGGACACGUUCUUGACAUCAAGCAUCCAACGAAUUGCGUCACGUGCACCUGCAAGACGCCACCAGACUUCACCUGCAUCCACAGUUCAUGUCCGCCUCCGCCCAACAACGAUUACAAGAACUGUAAAGCAGUCUACAAACCUCAUUCCUGUUGUCCAGAUUAUACUUGCGAAGAAAAAAGUGCCGGGGUUUGUCCGGAUCCCAUCUGUCAGGGGACCAACUGCUGGCUGGUUAAAAAGGCGGACGGCUGUUCGGUGUGUCGUUGCAAGUCUAGGUGCGUUCCCUGUCCUCCGGUCUGUCGACCAGAAAAUCCCGCGAAUGAAUGCUCAGGAUGUAUUUGCAGAAUCAAUGAUAUAUUCCGUUUUGAUAACAGUCAUACAGAAGAAUCUCAAGAAGCUGAUUCUAUGCAACAGCUGAUUCAAAAAUGCAAGGAAAUGCGAUGCCCUCUUAAUGAGCGAUGUAUGCUGGUUGAAAAAAACUGCAGCAGUGGUUCCUGCCUACCAACGCCCCAGUGUGAAGCAGUGUCAUUUGGGUGUGGUCAACCCUCAUGUCCCGAAGGCUGCGAUGUCAUCGGCUCUUAUGAAAACAAUUGUCCAAUCUGCAAGUGUAAAGAGCAGGGCCAGUCCUAUAAAUUGACAUGCCGUGUACAAUCAUGCGAAGAAAAUUGCAUUUUGAGUGGACGAGAUGAACAUGGGUGUCCAGUUUGCAAGUGUCCACAAGGAAAUCUAGAAGAACGAGUAUGUCCUCAUUCUCAAUGUACGGGGUACAACUGUACAAUGAUCAUAGAUACUCUCGGAUGUGCUGCUUGUACCUGUCAAUUACCUUGUAAGCCAAGACAGUGCCCAGUAGGGUGUGACAUGGAUCUAGACUUACGAGACAAUAUUGGCUUAGAAUGUGGAUGCACUUGCAAAAACUCUUCUACGGCCGCAACACUUCUGCAGUCUAAAUCCCUUUCAGACACUUGUCCGCCUCAAUCUUGUCAGGGUCUUAACUGCAGCGUAUUUGAAAACAAAAAUGGAUGUCUCAUUUGCGACUGCAGGGAAUCCUGCCCUGUACCUGUAUGUCAGGAAGGAUGCAAAGUGGAAACGGAAGUAGCUGAAUCUGGACGUUGUCCAGGUUGCAUUUGCAAACUGUCCAGAUCUGCAAGAGAUAACACAGGGAAGGAAUGCCCAGCACCCACGUGCCUGGGCUACAACUGCAGCGUCAUUACCGUAGAGGGAGGCUGCCAAAAAUGUAUGUGUGAAAGUCCCUGCGAGGAAUCUCCCCAGUGUCCUUCCCACUGCAAGUUGGAAACUAAUGUACCGCAAGGGCGGUGCAGAGGAUGUGUAUGCUCUUACGGAGAACACACAAGUACCACCACAACUGUGGAACCAACCACCGAGAAAACGACAACAGAGGAUGAUAUGGAACUAGAAAAGAGAGAGGAUUUGGAAGCAGAUUUCAUACCAUUGCCAGGAAAAGAAUUGGUGCCAGGCGUCGACAAGAUUUUCCUUAUUCACGGUGAUGACGAGGACGGAGAAUACGCUGGCAUGCCAGGUUACCAUUACAACGGAGGUCACGCCUAUCCAGUGUUUGGUGAGCCCCUGGAAUCUGCCCUGUACAAUGUGGAUGAUGUCAUACCUGGAGAACUGGAGAGCGGAAUUGUACGAGAAGAUGAAGAUGCUGAUUAUAUCCCAGAAGAAGCAGAAGAAAAAACUCUGGAUGAACCUGACGAUAAAGGAAAAUGUGCACAAAAGAAUUGCCCUGAAGGACAAAAGUGCGUUCUUAGACGCUUGCAAUGCAUCCGGACUCCGUGCCCAACUAUACCUGUCUGCAUAGACGUAGAGCCACGUUGUCCCAUACCUAUGUGUGCCAUCGGCUGUAUGGUAAUGAAAUGGGAUGAUGAAGUAUGUCCAUCAUGCUUCUGUGGAAUCAUAAGAGGAGCUGAGGGUCGAGUCUGCCCGAGGACAAAAUGUGCCGGACGUCGCUGUUACAAUGUGAUUGGUGAUGAAGGCUGUCCUCAGUGCAAAUGUGAUUCCAUCUGUAUUCCACCUAAGUGCAAAGAUGGAUGCUUCAUGGAUAAAAAUUCACCCCCUGGAAAAUGCCCGACUUGCGUCUGCGAAAACAGGAGCACCGUUGUUCCUCCCAUUAUUCCUGGAACAUCGCCCGCUACAACAAUUGAACCAGCUACGACAAUUGAACCAGCAACAACAAUCGUUGAUGUUUCUGAAGAAGAAGAGCCUCCAAAAGACCAAGAAAAGGCCAUUUUAAAUAGUUCAGAGCUUAAAAAACAAGAAGAAAAAGAAUCAGCACCAAAAUCACAAGAAUCGAGUUUUAAUGUGGGUCCGAUUGUUCUUGACAGUGAUGAAGAUUCAACAGGGUUUUACAACAGUUUAGCUGACAUUGAAGAAAGUAUCAGGUCGUCAGAUGAUCUUACCACGGUGACAGUUAACCUACCCACAACAAUAAAUGCUUACGACAUUUUUGAAACAACUACAGAAAAACGUGACGUUGAAUCCACGACAUCAUCAGAAAUGCCAACGUCUGAAACUACAACGACAGCAGAACCCUGCUUAAAAAAGUCAGGUGCUAUACAAGAAAGUGCCAAUGGCAAUCUCCCGGUACAUUCUGGUGACACUAUUGUGUCACCUUUGAUUACGGAACUUAGACCCGCAGCUAUGGAUAAUGAAACAAAACACGCUGAUACAAUCCCAUCCAUAUCGGUGUCUCCCAAUAAUGGGUUCAAACCCGUGAAUGCUUUUAUUUCGAAAGAUGAUUUGUCGAAAAGACCAUCUGUCAGCGAGCAAAGUGAUCCAAACGCAACCCCAAUGAAACAAAUUGUUUCUGAAAAUAAUUUUAAGAAUAAUAACAUGCAGCCCAUAUUGCAAAAUCUCCAACAGCUCAUGACAAAUCUUCACCAGGUAUUAUCUAAUCAUCAAGCACCUAAUGCGCCAGAAAAAGAUAUUUUGCAAACUAGCGCCAGUAUCCAAUCCGGAGAAGAUACUUCCAUUCAUAGAUUCGAUUAUAGGAAUGUUUCAUCCACUGACAAAACUCCUGAAGAUGUUACAAAAUCCCCAGUUGAUGUUCGAAUAGCUCAAAGUACUACUGUUUCAGUUGAUGAAAUAUCCAGUAGUGUUGUUUCUACUGAAGAAAGUUCUCCCAUAGUUGAAACUGAUUCAAUCAUUUCUGGCGACGCGACGACGAGUCAAAGUACUUUAAAUGCAAUUCCUCAACAAGAAGAAUCUCAAUCAAAUCAACAGUUAAUAAAUCAGGGAAUUGCUUCCCAAUUUCAGUUGUAUCCACCAUUCGCUUUCCAAAGUAAUCAGCCAUUCAAUGGCGCAUCUUCUCCACAAAUUCCCUACCAAAAUCCCUACUUCCCGGGUCUUUCACCGUCAUUGCAUGGAUCACUUCAACCGAUGUUUGGCACACAACAAACUUUCAUACACAAUCCUCAGAACCUUGUAUAUCCUCCAUCAGCAACAUUACUCCAAACAAACAUUCCUAUACCGCCGUCUUUACAGCAGCAACUAAAUGCUGGAACACAGACGCUAGGAUUUUUACAACAAAUUUUAAAUCAAGUUAACAAUCCAUUUUACCAGCAGCAGUUGCUACAAUCACAGCUGCAGCCUCAGCAGCAGUUAGGUAAUUAUGGUCAGUGGAACAUGCAAGAUAACAGGUUAUCAAGUAAUCAGGAAAAAGUUAAACCUGACAAAUCCUCUCAAGAAGACUUAAGUUAUGAAGAAAGUCAAGAACAAGUCACAGAUCAGCAGAAAGUUCAGGAAACAUCUCACACAGAAGACAAAAAACCGCAGCCUGAUUAUCAAAUCAUCAAUAUACAUGAUUCUUCAAACAAAGAAGCGAUUUCUGAAGUAGAUCCUAUUCCAGAAUUCAAUCACCAUGUACCCCAAACAUCCAAUCAAAUGACAGGACAAAGUAACGUUCAAUUAGUUUCCAAUUUGGAAACUUUCACAGAACAUUCCCCACAGAUUUCACCGAAUAAAGUGUUUGGUAUUCAAGAACAAACCUUUGCAGAAAAACCUGAUUCCCUGAUGCCAAUUUCAAGUGAUAAUACUCAAGCGCAUACUCAAAGUUACCUGGAAAAUAUCUACGGUCAAACCAAUAUUGUAGGAACUGUCAAACCUCAACAACAAUGGCAACAAGUUCAAACUAAUGGUGCAGAUGCAAGUGAAAUAGUACAAGCAAAUAGUGAAGAUUUGCUGACUGCUGAAGCCCAGCAACAAAUUCCCGAUCAAAUGAAACCCUCAAAUCAAAUCUCCAUUCAAGAGUCUAAACCCGAAAACUCAUUUUUAUCAGAAUCCUCUACGCAGAUGGAUUUGGCAAUAAAUGAAGAGCAGCAAAAUGAAUCUACCUCUAUGGGCAAUAAUCAGUAUUUAAGACCGUCACUGGUACAAACUCAACAACAAAUGAAUUCUUUUUCCCAGUUUCAGCAACAAUUUGCGGAGCAACAAAAGCAACAAUUUAUACAGAAUCAACAGCAUUUCAUUCAAUCACCACCCCACAUUCAAAUUCAACAGAACUAUCAAUCUCAAGCUCAUAUUCAGCCUCAUCUAAACAUCCAGUCUCAACAAAAUAUGCUUCUGCAGCAACAAGCUCAACCACCACAAAAUAUCUUACUUCAACAACAAAGUCAACAGCAACAAAACAUUCUAUCUCAACAGCAUAGUCAACAACAGCAAAACAUCGUGCCUCAGCAAUCGAUUCAGUUACAGCCAAAUAUAAAGCCUCAAGAACAGAUUCAGGCGCAACAAAGCAUGCCAUCAAAUAUUCAACAUCAGCAACAAAUACAAGCACAGCAACAGUAUGUUCAACCUCAGACAAUAUUUUCGCAAGCUCAACAGCAAUAUAUUCAGCCACAACAACAUCACGAAACUCAAGAAGAUAAAAUAAGUUCUUCACCCCAAAAUGUUGAAGCACAAGAUCAACAUAUUCAACCACAAAUUCAACAGCAAUAUUCGCAAUCUUAUCAACCCCUAAAUCAAAAUAUCCAAGGGCAACAGAAUUUGGUUUCCCAGCAAAACUCAGCAUCUCAAGCAAUAUAUGCACCGUUAACACCCAGUAUACAGUUUCAGCAGCAACAAACACAAUCACAACAACUUGGAAGCUCGCCACAAACACUAAACCAAAAUUUUCAACCUCAACAACAUUAUGUUCAACCUCAGCAACAAUAUGUUCCACCUCAACAACAAUAUGUUCCAUCUCAACAACAAUAUGCUCCAUCACAGCAGCAAUAUGUUCCACCUCAACAACAGUAUCUUCCACCUCAACAGCAAUAUCUUCCACCUCAGCAGCAAUAUCUUCCCCCACAGCAGCAAAUUCAAAAACCUCUGAACCCCAAUGUUCAACAGCAACCACAGUUUGGCGAUGUAUAUCAAAACUAUCAAACGACAAAUCAGAAUUUAACACCCCAACAGCAGUAUUUACAACAGCAAUUCUUGCAAAACAACCAAGCUUCAAAUCAGCAUGUGUUGCAACCACAACAAUCAAGUGUUCCACUUAGCAAUUCUCAGGAACAAAUAGUACAACUUAAUAAAGAACCAACUUUGCCGCAACAGAUUUAUAUUACAUCCCAACAUAAUUCAGAAACACAGCAGCAUUCACCAACCAUUCAACAAUCAUCUCAUGAUCAUACACACCAACACCAAAGUUCUACCUCUGGAGAAAACACAAUGCAUUUACCCCAACAAGAAUCACAGAUUCAGCAAAUAAAUUCUUUAACCAGAGGACCUGGCGAUCCCACAAAUUCCCAACAACAGCAAACGUUGGUUGGUUCACAAAUAAGUUAUCAACAGCAAGCACAUUUACACCAAACGGUUUCAGAUCAAAAUAUGCCAUUAAAUAUACAAACUAAUGUUCAUCAAGUACCUAGUCAGAGUCAACAACAAUAUAUUCAUCAGCAACAAUCUUCUGUGACUAGCGUCGGGCAAAAAGAAGAUCCACUUGUUCAAACAGACUACCAAUAUAUUCAAAAUCAAGGAAGUUCAAACAUAAAUACUAAACCUCAAUUACAGACUGAACAUCAACAAGUUGUUCACCAAACUCAUUUGAAUGGAGCCCAGCAAGAGCAAGAAACAAAUGAAUAUCAAGAAGCAUCACAUCAUGAUGGGCAAGAACACAUCCAGCAUCAUGUUUCAGAGGAGGAUUCCCCAAGCAACGAGCCACUUCAAGAACAUGUUGAUGGUGACGCGGCACAAGACUCACUUGAUUAUCAAGAGCACGUUUCUUUUGAAAUACCUCAAGAAACUGAACAAGUUGAGGAGCACCAGCAUUCACCUCAAAUACCAGCAGAAGAAAGACCAAAUGACUAUCCAGAAGAUCUCGAACACGAAUCUACCAAAGACCAAGUUGAUCAACAGGAACAUGCAAUAGUUCAGUCAGCAAAGCCUGUGCACAUCCAAAGCGUGAAGACACGACCUGGGAGUAUCGUUAGACCACAUUUUCAACAACUGAAAACAACUACCAAACCUCCCGUGAUGCAUGACCUAUUCCCGGCUCCAUCAAGACCCCCAAGACCAUCCCUUCAACAGCAAGAUGAUGCAGAAGAUCCUCAAUUUGAGGAAGAAGACCCACAAGACUUCGAAUACGAAGAUUUCGAUUGGGAAGAUCCCGAAAUAGCGACCACACCUCCUCCGGUUUAUGAAUCCGAUACCUCACCGAGUCAACAACUGAUUGUUGAAAAUUUCGACAAUCAUCAGCCAGAAAUUUCUAAUAGACCAUUUGGUCAAGAGCAGGUUUUAGUCACGACUAACAACUAUCUUUCUAAUCGAGUAUCUUCUACCCCCCGCAGGCCAUCUUCUAAGUUUCCUUACCCCACAAAAGCUACAAAUGUAUUUGCUUCUUUCUCUGCAGCUUCACCCACAGUGGGAGCCUACGGUGCGAUGAAGUAUUCCACCCGAGGUCCAUCUUACCAAUGCCCAACACCACACUGCAACGGUUACAACUGUUCCUUGAUCAGAGGUGGGGAUGGUUGUCAAAAAUGUGUCUGCGACUCGCCGUGCGCUCCCUGCCCAUCUCACUGUGUCAAGACGAAAACAUACUCUGAAGGACGUUGUCCAGUAUGCGACUGCACCCAGGUUUCUGAGCGACAAUGUCCCCCUCUCACAGACUGUUCAGGAAGCAAUUGUAGGGAAGUGAGGGAUAGUGACGGUUGCCUGAGUUGCGUCUGUGAUCCCAAAUGUGCUGAGCCAAAAUGCGAUCCUGGUUGCGAAGUUUUACGAGAUGUACCACCAGGGCAAUGUCCUGGGUGUUUAUGCAGAGUAACUGUUGUUCAAGCUGUUGUCCAACGGCCAUCAGCACCAUCUUGUGCUCCUAUAUCUUGCAUAGGAAAGAAUUGCAGAGAAGUUAAAGGCCCAGAUGGCUGUUCCACUUGUAGCUGUUGUGCUAUUCCGAAAUGUGGACCAGGUUGUAGCCUCCAAACUGAUGUACCUCCAGGAACUUGUCCAUCAUGCGUUUGCCCAACUUUUACAGAUGAUGAUGAAGAUGAUUACGAUGACGACUUGUAUUGUCCCAAUUUAUUCUGCUCCGAUCAUGGUUGUAGGGAGAUUCCCGGUCCCAAGGGAUGUCCCAUCUGUUCCUGCGACAAGCCCAUCUGCCAGACACCUGUUUGUGAUCCAGGCUGCCAAAUUGUCACCAACAAGUAUCUCUCGUAUUGUCCUGUUUGCAUCUGCAGCCAACCUGCCAAUGAAUCAUCUUCAUCAGAUUCGUCAAACAAAGGUGGCCAAGGAAUCAAAACAGGGGACACAUCAGGAGUUUUUACAGGCAUGAUCGAACCCGUAGUUGCGGAAGAGGAAUCUACCCUGUCCACGCUGCACACGACAGUGACGGUUGACCUGGAAGAAGUCGAAGAAACUGUGACCGUAGCUACGACAACCGAAGAGCCAACUUGUCCACCACCUGUCUGCUCUGGACUCCGCUGUGGCAUGGAAAUCGGAGCAGAUGGCUGUGAAGUGUGUAAGUGCCGAUAUAAAUGCCCCACACCGAAAUGUGUUGGCAGCUGCUAUGCGGAGACAAACGCCCCGUCCCACCGAUGUCCUGGUUGCGUCUGUCCCUCAAAACCAAAGCCUCCCAGGUACUGAAGGAUGACUGUUGGCUGUGAUCCAUUAGAUAUCAACGUGUAAUAUCCU